AUGUGUUUAGUUUCGUAUCAACUAGAAAGUAUUGUAAGCGUUACAUUUGAAGUGGAUGGUCAAAUGCUUCCUCGAUCCCGAGAGCAACAUAACAAGCUAACUGAAGGUGAGAAUCAAGAACCAAUUUACAUUGCACUGUCGCCGGGCCAAAAUCAUUUACAUCAACAAGACAGUUCACAGUCGUUCAACUCGACCUGCUUUACAAACGCUUCUUUAAAUAUGAGUUCAGAUGAGUCAAUUAUGUUUAAUGAUGGUGAGUUCUCUAAAUUAGGCAUUGAAAUUCCAGAACCUGUAAGUAGAGAUGAAAGUGGACAUGUCGCUACAUCUGAUUUUAUGGACAAAUCACAACAACCAGAUCAAGACAAAGUCUUUACUAAUAUAUUCGCAACAGAUUCUUCAGACACAUUUAGGGACGCUCAGGAUUCAAAUUCACAAGCCAAUGUGUCUGAAGUUCCGAAUAAGGCUAAUUUAAUGACAAUUCUUUCUGGUAAACAAACAUCAAAAAAGUCUAAGUCAAAGGUACGAACUAAUGAAGAUAAAGGACAAAAUCUUUAUGAAAUUCAGGAACCGGUUAAAGAAGAAGAAAUUGAGCACGAUGAAGAUGUUAGUUUAAACGAAUGCAUAAAUGACUCUUUCACCGAGUCAAAAAGUAAUGAUUUGCGAAAAGAACAUGAGAUGCUAGAAUUAGAGAAGAAGUUUUAUAAUGACAAUGUAAAGUCUGUCACAGCUAAGGAUUUCUUAGCGAAGCUAAAUCAAAAGACAAAUAAAGAUACCGAAAAUGUUGAAGAAACGCCAAUUUGCAUUAAUGAGGAAGGUGAUGGAGAGCCUGUUCUCAUAGAAAUAGAUAGUGACGAAAACAAGGAUGAAAUCGAAUUAUUAGAAUCUAAAGUUUUCAGCGGAAAUAUGAAAAGGACAUCUGCAAGAGAUAUAUUUCAAUCUUUCAAACCGCUGCCGGUCCUACUGAAUAAGCAGAAACCAGCAAAUGUAAGUAAUCAUUCCUACACGGUUUCCUUCAGAAUGAGCCCAACAAGCCUCAAAGAAAUCCAAACAAACAGUAACCCAUUUUUCACGAAAGGAAAUAAACAGACAGCAUCGUUACCUGGAGCAAAAUCCCUUUUUGAAACUUUAAUGCAAAACCCAAGUUCUAAAAAGAAAAAACUAGUAACACUCCGAGUUGAACCUAAUAGUUUACGAGAAGUAACGAAAUCUUUCAAUAAUCCAUUAUUUUCCAGGGGAACAGUAGGUAAUAAGGGCAAAAGCGCUAAUAGCGUUUUUAAAUCAAUGAUGGAAAAUGCGUCAGGAAGUGCACCUAAGUUAUCCACCUUGCAGAAACUAAAGGAACUAUAUCCACCAUCAAUACCAAGAGAACAAUUACAUGUUUAUGAUAAAAAUGAUGCCCCUAGUCCCAAUUCUCAAAGACUAUUGGGGCUUGUAUUGAAACCUGAGCGACAACCGUAUCAGAUUCUACAUCAAGAUAUGAUAGGGGAAGAUAUAUCAACUAUCCUAAACCCAGCACAAGUCGAUACUACACCACAUAAAUACAAAGUAGAAAUCGAAACGUACUCAAGUAAGGAUAAGCUAUUAGAAUCUAUAUGCAAUGAUAUGCCACUGAUGCAAUUAUAUCCUCCAUUAAUGAACAUAUACAAUAGAUAUUUGGACACAUCGAUUGAUUGCAAUAAUAAAGAGUCACUGUUGUGGACAACUUUAUUCCAACCUCAUCGUAUGACUGACGUUUUAAUAUCGUCCACGAAACAGAACGAUAUUAAAACUUGGGUUCUGAAUUCAUUUGCAAGAUUAAAAUCGCAGACACUCAAAACUCCUAGAAAUGUUUUACUUAAACAACAAAAAAGGCAGAGAAAGAAUGCCUAUAGUGGCAUAGAUGGCUUUGUAGUAGAUGAUUAUGGUGACUAUUUUCAAGAUGGGUCGGAAACUGAAGAAGACAUCUUUGUUCCGCUUUUAAUAAUUCACGGAUCUACUGGUUCAUGUAAAUCAAGUUCUGUUUAUGCUGCCAUCAACGAAAUUAAUGGUUAUGUGUAUGAGAUUAAUUCUGGACAACCGAGAGGUAAGAAGGAUAUUUUGGGAACUUUAAAGGAAAUGUGUACAACUCACCUAGUCCACAGGCAAAGUGAAGAAAAGCAAUUUCAAAAAGGUAUUAUUUUACUUGAAGAUUGUGACAUUCUUUUCGAGCAGGAUAAGAACUUUUGGCUUGCCGUUCAUGAAGUUCUCAAUAUUUCCCGAAGACCACUCAUUAUUACGUGUAACGAUCUAACAGCUAUUCCUCAAAGUAUUAUCGACUUUGCUAAUGAUGAAGAUGCUAUAAUCAAUCUUGAUGAAAAGGAUAAUGACACCUUAGCGAAUUUCAAAAACUAUUUACUGUUAUGUUGUAUUACUCAGGGAUUUCAAAUAGAUGCCCCUAUUCUUGAAAACAUAUUAAAGAAUUGCUACACCGGGAGCUAUGAUUUACGUAAGGCUUUAAUGUCUUGUCAAAUAUUAUGUCAAAAUUAUGCUAUUAAUAUUCCGGAUGAAGCUAACCAUGAAAUUUGGAUCAGAAAAAUCAAAUACAAUUCCUUGGAUCAAACUAACAAUACGGAAUACUCCCUUGAUGAACUAUCGGGUAAUAUUGAUCUUUUGUCAGUAUCGGACAUAAUUUCUUCAAAUUCACAUUCAUUAAUUGAGCAUGAAUCAAUACCUAACGAGCUUCUUGAUAUUUACUUCAUUGACGAAUCAACUAAAUUAAGGCAACGUACCUUGCCACAUGAAUUGAAUAUCGGCAAUUUUAUUCUGGAGGCCAACCUAAAUGAGGACCGACCAUUGGUGAACAUGUCGUCUUUCAAUAAAAUAAGAGAAGCGACUACAGCUUUUACUGCUUCACGUUCUAAAGAAUUGCCUAAGUUUGUUCAAGAUUUGUAUUCCGCUAGGAGCGUAAGGGCGUCAACUAGAUCAAUGACUGAUUCAACAGAAAGUCUUACUGACUGGCAGCGCGAUAUUACAGGAGUUUCAGACUCGUCAAUCUGUAAUUAUUUGUCUCCUUUGCCAUACAUUUUAGAGCUUGCCCCAUUUGCUAGACAAUGGUGCCGUUAUCAAAACUCGCUUGAUGUUGUAGAAGAAGAUACAUUGAAUAAUCUGGGAGUAAGUGUUAAGAAAUUUAUUGGUUGGAGACAAUUUCAAGAUAACUCCAAACAAGUAUUGAAUACUUUUAUAUAG